UCUGUCGAAGGCGACGCGAGUCACUCGCUCGACCUCGUCACCCUCGGCUCGGUCCGGGGGAUAAGAGUUUGGGGAUCGGCGCCUCGGCGGAGGCGGCGUGGGAUGGCGCCGCGGAGAGGGAGGGUGGAGAUGCGGCGGAUCGAGGACCGGACGAGCCGCCAGGUGCGCUUCUCCAAGCGACGGAGCGGGCUCUUCAAGAAGGCCUUCGAGCUCGCCGUGCUCUGCGAUGCCGAGGUCGCCCUCCUCGUCUUCUCCCCCGGGGGGAAGCUCUACGAGUUCUCCAGCGUCUCCAGCCUGGAGAGUACACUAGAUCGGUACCAGACAUUUACGAAUGCAGAAAAUGUUGUUCGCAAGCUUGAUGAUAAUGCACAGAAUCGUGAUGAAGAAUUUGCUCUUCUAGAAGCUAAUUCCAAAGUUCUGGAGAUCGGGAAAAGACUUGUCGAAACAAAUUUGGCAGAGAUGAAUGCUGAAGAACUUGGAAAAUUGGAGGAAGACUUAUGUUCUGCACUAAAAUGGGCAACAUCAAGAAAGAAACAAUUAAUGACGGGCUCACUAAACAGGCCGGAAAAGGAGUUGUUGCCAAUAAAGAUUCAGUUCGCGACUUCCGAGUCAUGCCCACUGAGACCUUCCAAAGACCACUUGAUUCUUGGUUGCUCGAUACUAUUAUCUACCUUUUGACUGAGAGAAGGCAGAAAUAGGUAAGAAAAGUCUAUCGAAUCUCCCAUCCUGAUUCCAAACCUAAAUUCCUCGUGAUAAUUUCAUUGUAGCAGCAUGCUCCUAAAUCCAAGAAAAGACUUGCUUCCAUGCACCUAGACACAGUUUCGUUCUUAAUUGUUCUCGACUAUAUCAAUUUGCCAUCUCAAGAAGAUUUCUUGGCCUCUCAAGUUAGGACUUUUAUGAGGUUUCAGCCAUUAGAUUCAUCUAAGAAACACAUGAAAGGGCACGAUAGCUGCAGGGUGUAGAUGUCCUCCUGUUCGUUUUGCAUUACCAACCAUGGUUGCAUGAGAUCAUACCUUAACAGAAGACCUGCGUGCACCCACGGAGAUGAAUUCCUGCACCUUUGUCGUUGAUCGAGCAUCCAACGUCGCUCAUCUUCCUUCAUCCCGUGCAUGCUCUGUUCCUCCUCCUCAUCUUCCUUCCAUGCUCU